GGUGCGCAGGCGCCGCGCUCCGAGACCUUGGCCGGCUGAGGUGAAAGCCCGAGGGCUGCCGGGAAGGGGAACCAUGCAGAGCUGGAGCACAGUGUCCCGCGCCCUGGCCAAGAGAGGCUGUUUCAGCCGGAUCCCUCGUGGCCUUAAGGGAAUUGCUGCUGCACCUUUGAGGACUUAUGCGGAUCAAGCAGUGGACGCCGACGUGACAGUGAUAGGCUCGGGGCCUGGAGGAUAUGUCGCCGCUAUCAAAGCUGCUCAGCUGGGUUUCAAGACAGUCUGCGUGGAGAAGAACGAAACCCUCGGAGGAACCUGUCUGAACGUUGGCUGCAUUCCUUCUAAGGCUUUGCUGAAUAACUCCCACUUCUACCACCUGGCACAUGGCAAAGAUUUUGCGGCUAGAGGAAUUGAGAUUUCUGGAGUCCAGCUGAAUCUCGAGAAGAUGAUGGAGCAGAAGAGUGGUGCAGUGAAAGCCCUAACAGGUGGAAUUGCCCACUUAUUUAAACAGAAUAAGGUCGUCCACGUCCCCGGGUACGGGAAGAUCACGGGCAAAAAUCAAGUCACGGCAGCUAAAGCGGAUGGCAGCAAUCAAGUUAUCAACACCAAGAACAUCCUCAUUGCCACGGGUUCGGAAGUCGCUCCCUUUCCUGGAAUAACGAUCGAUGAAGACACAAUAGUCUCAUCCACGGGGGCUCUGUCUUUAAAAAAGGUCCCGGAGAAGAUGGUUGUCAUUGGGUCAGGAGUCAUUGGCGUGGAAUUGGGUUCCGUGUGGCAGCGACUCGGGGCAGAUGUGACGGCGGUGGAGUUCCUGGGCCACGUUGGCGGAGUGGGGAUCGACAUGGAGAUUUCGAAGAACUUCCAACGCAUCCUUCAGAAGCAAGGGUUUAAAUUUAAACUCAACACCAAGGUCACUGGAGCCACCAAGAAACCGGAUGGGAAAAUCGACGUAGCCGUUGAAGCAGCCACCGGUGGCAAAGGGGAAGUGAUCACCUGCGACGUACUACUGGUCUGCAUUGGCCGACGACCCUUCACUCAGAAUCUGGGCCUGGAAGAACUUGGAAUUGAGCUUGAUGCGAGAGGUAGAAUCCCAAUCAAUUCCAGAUUCCAAACCAAAAUUCCAAACAUCUAUGCCAUCGGCGACGUGGUGGCCGGGCCCAUGCUGGCCCACAAGGCGGAGGACGAAGGCAUCAUUUGCGUGGAGGGAAUGGCCGGCGGGGCCGUGCACAUCGAUUACAACUGUGUGCCGUCCGUCAUCUACACGCACCCUGAAGUGGCCUGGGUCGGCAAAUCGGAGGAACAGCUGAAAGAAGAGGGGGUGGAAUACAAAGUGGGCAAGUUUCCAUUCGCCGCCAACAGCCGGGCCAAGACCAACGCGGACACGGAUGGGUUGGUGAAGAUCCUCAGCCACAAGUCGACGGACCGAAUGCUGGGCGCUCACAUCCUCGGGGCGGGGGCUGGAGAAAUGGUGAACGAGGCGGCCCUGGCCAUGGAAUACGGGGCGUCCUGUGAAGACGUGGCCCGCGUCUGCCACGCCCACCCGACGGUCUCGGAAGCCUUCAGGGAAGCCAACCUGGCUGCGUCGUUCGGCAAAGCGAUCAACUUCUAAAACCGGGACCGUCGGCCGUGUAAAUGUACACUCCCGGGAAGCGGCCGCGAACCGGAGGGUCCCGUCCUCCCCCGCCCCAAGGAAGGCCUUUGUGUCGCCUGGCCCCGAGGACUCAAGUCACCGUUUUGUUCGAACGGCAAAGGUUUAAUAAAUAGGUUUGGGCAGAGUG